AAAAAAAAAAGAAAUUAGCGUCUUUUAAGAUUUUGAUUUGGUGAAAAAGCUGGGUUGUGUAGGUUUGGUUCCGAAGUACCAACUUUCCUAAUCCCAUGUUAACACUGACAAGACAAGAAAGACCAAAGACAUAACAGCCGGGAACACUGACACCAUCUAACGAAGCUUUUAAGCUACUCAGUCCUUUCUAUCAGAACUCUAAUGGCUAGUCGAGCAUUUUCAAGAUCAAAAAUUUCAAUCUUGGUUUCAGGAUUAUUCCGAGUUAUGCACAAUACACCGAUUAAGGAGACCCUAUUGCCCAUAAAAUCGAAAGUUUCAGCAUUUCAAAUCGAUUCGCGGGAACCCAUUUCCUGGUUUAGACUAUACCAUGACGGAAGGCCCAGGGGACCCCUUUGGAGAGGCAAGAAGCUUAUUGGAAAAGAAGCGCUUUUUGUGAUAUUGGGAUUGAAAAGGUUCAAGGAUGACGAAGAGAAGCUUGACAAGUUUAUCAAGACCCAUGUUUUUAGGCUUUUGAAGCUUGAUUUGAUUGCUGUUCUCACUGAACUUGAGCGCCAGGAGGAGGUUACUUUGGCCACCAAGGUAUUUAAUGUGGUUCGAAAACAAGAUUGGUACAAGGCUGAUGUUUUUAUGUACAAAGACUUGAUUAUUGCACUAGCAAGGAGUAAGAAAAUGGAUGAAGUUAUGCAGCUAUGGGAGAGCAUGAAAAAUGAAGAACUAUUUCCCGAUUCUCAAACGUAUUCAGAAGUUAUUAGAGGUUUUCUGAGCAUUGGUUCUCCUGGAGAUGCAAUGAACAUAUACGAGGACAUGAAGAAAUCUCCAGACCCUCCAGAAGAGUUGCCCUUUAGGAUUUUAUUGAAGGGUCUCUUGCCACACCCUCUUUUGAGAAACAGAGUUAAGCAAGACUUUGAGGAGCUUUUUCCUGAAAAACAUAUGUAUGAUCCACCAGAAGAGAUAUUUGGCGCACACUGAGGUUUUUGCUGUAACUGAAAAUCUAAAAGACAAAAUCUUUGUUUUACAUGUAGAAGAAAAAAGACACGAAAACAGGAAGUUGGUCAAGACAGAAAACCAUCUACAUUUUUUCCUCCUCAGCUAAACAAUAUUAGGAUAUUUUUUCUUUGCUUAUCAUUUUAGAGAGGUAGAAUAAGGUAUUAGAAGUUUCAUAUGAUUUUUGUUCUCCUCAGUCCUCAUAUGGUCCAUAGCUAAUUGUAUAUUGAAGCUUAUGAACAUAAUAUAAACAUGGAAUCAACCGUUCUUCCUUUUUAGAAACUAUUGAAGUGAAGAUCUUCUAGAGAGUGAAA